CUCUUCCCUCCUCCUCGAUGUAACAAUUAGGUGACCUGAAGUUGCGGUUUGUUGUACAGAUAAGUUCUGGAUGUCGGAAAUUGUCACGAAAACGCUCGAACUAUGCCAUGGGGAACGUGCCGACAUUCCGAGAAAUCGCCUUUUCUUACUGUUUCAGCACUAUGAAUUAGCAUGUUUUCUGUUCAAUGACGUUCUUGAAUCGUUUCGGUGUGGCAACCGGUGAUUCCGGUAGCUGAAAUUGAUGUACUUGUCCCCGGUUUUAAGCCGUCAAAACGGGACUAAAUCAUUUCGGAUUGGUGUUUUGACUUGUACCUUUUUUGGCCCUUGCCACGAGAUUACUAUAGAUCUCCUUAUUUGAGGAUCUCUUAAAGGUUUGUGUUGCUUCUUCUGGUUCGUCUAUGUAAUGCCCAACUCUGCGCGCGCCAUCCCGACUCCCAUCCCGCUAACUCGAUGGCAAAUCCGUCCAGAUCUUCCGCUGGCCGCUCCUCUUCGGCAGUAGAUUCCCCGCGCGCCCCGUUGGCAACGUUCCAGACGUCACUGCCAUCUAUCCGUCAGCUUCAUCCUUACCUCCCUCCAUCGGGAGGUAUGUCCCAGCAGUCACAACAUGGAGAAUCGUCACAUAUCGCGCAUCCUGCAUAUCAUCCGAGUGCAACACCACAGUUCGAAAGCAAUGCCUAUGAGCACGCUAUAGAUUCCGAAAACGAAGAUGCCGAUACUCAAGGUCCACCCAAAAAGAAACGGCGACGACAAGCUCUUAGUUGUACUGAAUGUAAACGGCGCAAGAUAAAGUGCGACAGAAAUCAACCUUGCGCUCCCUGCACGCGCAGAGGAGAACAAGCUAAAUGUCAAUGGCAUGUUGUGGAGCCUGUUCGACUAAUGCCACGUUCUGCUCCUUCCCCUUCUUCCUCCAGCGAGAAGUAUGUGAGCCGUGCAGAGUACGACGAGUUGAAAAUGCGCUUCGAUCACCUCGAAAACACUGUUCAUCGUUUCAUAGCCGCGAAUUCAGGAAUAAUUAGUGAGACUAACUCCUUCGGCAGUGCUACUAGUGCACACUUAUCCUCAGAAUCAGGGUCAGUUGGGGCUCCGGCGGCAGUGGGCAGUGCUCAACAUGUCACCGGGACUCCAAUAGCGGGACCGGAUUAUCCAGUUCCAUCUACGGGAUAUGGCAUAGCAGGAACAAUCGGCAAUGAGCCUGUGCCUGCGACCCGUUCACCAUCCCCGUCUUCCCAGAACAUUGCUACCACAUCUCGUUUCAACCUACUAACGCAUCAUUCAAACGCGUCUUCGCAUUCGAUGUCCUCUCGGAAAUUUUCAAUCCCUCAGCAACCCAACACCACUUCAACAUAUGAAUUUGAAUCUGCCACCCAUCAUCAGCAGUCUUUCUUUGCCCUUUGGUCUAGCUUCAUCGUCUACCCCUCAGUUUUCUUCCCGUCGGUCACAGACACACGCUCGUCAGAGCUCUCGAAGCUCCGUUGGAUCUACAGGCUCCCAUGGCUCUAUGCGUUCCCCGAUGAUCCCUCAAGGUGGUGGUACACCCAAAGCCAACAGUCCUACAUUACAAUCUCGUAUCCCCCCAAAUGA